UGUGUCUUUCUAGGCGUCUGUAGGGCCUUGCCUCUUGUCCUUCUUACUCUUGUAGUUCUUAUCUCCAGGGCUUAGCGCUCUUUCCCUUGUCACCGUGCCCAGAGCUGCCCCUGGGUCCGCGGAGCAGUGCAGAAAAAAAACUUCCAAUAUCUUCAGUGUCAGUCUACCUCACAGAUUCCAUCAGAGUGAGGGGAAACUCUGAACCUGAAUUAUGACUGCAGAAUCAAGAGACGCUGCAGUCAUGACCCCUCAGGCUAUACAAGAUAAAGAAGGACUUGUGAUAGUAAAGGUGGAAGAAGAAGAUGAAGAGGAACACCUCUGGGGCCAAGAUUCUAGCCUGCAAAGAAGUAAUAGCCCUUCUGAUCCAGAGAUUUUCCGCCAACGCUUCAGACAGUUCUGCUACCAGGAUACUUCUGGUCCCCGGGAGGCUCUUGGUCGUCUACGAGAACUUUGCCAUCAGUGGCUAAGACCAGAAAUGAAUACAAAAGAACAGAUCCUGGAACUAUUGGUGCUGGAGCAAUUCUUGGCUGUCUUGCCCAGAGAGAUCCAGACCUGGUUGCAAGAGUACCGUCCUGAUUGUGGAGAGGAAGCAGUAACACUGUUGGAGGAUCUUGAGCUUGAUUUGUCAGGACAGCAGGUACCAGUCCAUGUGCAUGGACAUGAAAUGCUAUCCCAGGAGAUGGUACCACUGGGAACAGCACAUGGAUCUUCAAGCUUUGAAUUCCAGCACCGAACCCCUCAGAUCAAACAUGUAACAAGAAAGCCAAGUCUUUUACAACAGAAUGCUUACCCUGCUUCUCAUGUUCCUGUUUCACAUGAGAGGAGUCCUAGAGACCAGGCCGUGACCUCUGCACUAUUCACAGCAGAUUCUCAGGCUUUGGUAAAAAUCGAGGACAUGGCUGUGUCUCUUAUCCUGGAAGAAUGGGGAUGUCAAAACCUGGCUCGGAAGAACCUCUGUAGAGACAAUAAACAGGAGAAUUAUGGGAACAUGUUUUUUCAGGGUUGUGGAAGUAGAACAACCAGUGAAGAGUCUACUUCAAAGGAAGAUAUUUCGGAAGCAACAGGAUCUCAUGGGAAAAUAACUGAAAGUUUCCAAAGGGAAUUUGGAGAAACAUGUGAACAGGAAAGCAGAUUAGAAAGACAACAGAAAAACUUAGAAGAGAAACUGAAACUAGAAAAGACAGGAUUUAGACAGGUGACAGUCAAGGACAAGAAACCACCCACAGGGGAGAGAGGGCAUCGAGAGAAAGGCAAAGGAUUGGGAAGAAGUUUCAGUCUGAGUUCAAAUCUUGUUACACAGGAAGAAGUUCCUACAGGAACAAAGUCCCAUAAAUGUGAUGAAUGUGGCAAAUGCUUUACAAGGAGUUCCAGUCUUAUUCGACAUCGGAUAAUUCACACUGGAGAGAAGCCCUAUGAAUGUAAUGAGUGUGGGAAAGCCUUCAGUCUUAACUCAAAUCUCAUUCUUCAUCAGAGAAUCCAUACUGGAGAGAAACCUCAUGAAUGUAAUGAGUGUGGGAAAGCUUUUAGUCAUAGCUCAAAUCUUAUACUACAUCAGAGAAUCCAUUCUGGAGAAAAACCUUAUGAAUGUAAUGAAUGUGGCAAAGCUUUUAGUCAAAGCUCAGAUCUUACAAAACAUCAAAGAAUCCACACUGGAGAGAAGCCCUAUGAAUGUAAUGAAUGUGGUAAAGCUUUCAACCGAAAUUCAUACCUUAUUCUUCAUCGGAGAAUUCAUACCAGAGAAAAACCAUAUAAGUGUAAUAAGUGUGGGAAAGCCUUCACCCGGAGCUCAACUCUUACCCUACAUCAUAGAAUUCAUAACAGAGAGAGAGCCUCUGAUUACAGCUCCACCUCACUAGAUGCAUUUGGUGCAUUCCUGAAAAGCUGUGUAUAAAGUGAAAUUUCCCAUUAACUUCCAUAAUUUCAAAGAUGUGUGCCCAUGGGAAAAAUAUUUGGCCUCUAAUAUAUAAUCAAAUCACACUUAAAAAAUAUAUCAGAGCAGUCCUGCCUUUGUCAGUUUAAGCUAUGAGUAUUUAUUUCUCCAACAAAACCCUCUGCAAGAAAAUUUAGUCAGAUAGAUAUUACUUAAGAAUAUCUGCAUAUGUUAAAAUAAACAUCAGACUUUUUGGGAAUGAGGACACUGAGAAGAAGCUGGUCAAACCUGUUUAAAUAAAGGAUCCCUGUCUGCAACCACCAGUGUAAUUGCUGAAAACCACCAACCUUGAGAUUUGUAUCCCCAGUGCCUAGCACAUAGUAAGUGCUUAAAGGAUACUUACUGAUUAAUUGGCUUGAACUGAGAGACUUUUUUUUUCCUGCAAAGCAAGCAAUGAUUGCCCAACAUCAUUUUUGUACAUCAUGACCCAAAGAAGGAUACUUAUAGAAUCCUGGGCUGGGACAUGCUGCUAAAACUAAAACAUAAGUUAUCAAAGGUGGGAUGCCAAAGCUGAAGAGAUCUAAGGCUAUGCAGAUCAAAAUCAAACCAAAGACUUCUAUCUCUUCCUGAAGAGCAUAUAUGACUCGACUCUUAGUUCCCCAUAGGAGUAUAGUUGACUCCAUCCUCAUCACAGAGAAAUUCUAUAAAUGAUAAUACUUCUCCGUUUUCCGAAUUCUUAGUGCUAUAGUAUUCCUAUAGUCUCAUACAAUUUAGCUUUUGAUUGUACACUGUCUUUUAAUUGUCUCCUGAAUGUAGUAAAUCUUAUCUCCCCAACAAGAUUCUAAGGAACUAAUCUCCUACCUAAUAGCCUUAGUAAGACCUGAUGGGGGAAUUAUUGUGUGAUGACAUUAUUGUGUUCCUUGUUUAAUAAGUGCUCACUGACUUCUUAACAGGACUCCCAUACUGAAGCUGGAGCCCUGCUAAAGUACUACAGCAUAGCCUAACUAAUGCAGAAACCACCAAUUAUUGCUGUAAAAAUUCUAAAACUCUAUAGACUGCUAUUCUCCCUGAGCUCAUUAAGCAUAGAAGGAAAAGCAUUGUUUAAAUGCCUACUUAAAAUAUAUAAAAUGUUGGCUAAGUGCCAGAAGACUUCAUAGACAUCAUUAUUUAAAUAUAUAUUUAAAAUAUGUCAUCACCUUUAAAAAGUUAAGUGAAGCACUUGACUUUGGCUUUCUUUGGUUAUUGUCACUGAUAAGAUUCUAGCAGAAUUUUCCCAUGUUAGCUUCCUGAACAACAUAGCCAAUUGGGUGCCCUCCAGAUGUGGUUGGUUAAGUAUGACCACUGUCAUUCACUGAUGCCUGAGAGUAUAUCAACUUGGUCUGUGUUACACUACCCAUCAUAUUUAGCUUUCAGUUUUCUACAACCCAAGAUCUUUUUCAAACUACUAUUUUUAUUAACUUUGUGUUUGUCAAGAUAAUUUUUUAACCCAAUUGUAAGACUUAUGUCUAAUAAAUUUCUUAAUAGAUUUAUGAGAGGCAGUGUGAUACAAUGGAUAGGAGAAAGUUGACCUCAGCCAGAAAUAUCUAGAUUCAAGUCCUUCUUCUGACACAUAUUAGUUGUAUGGGCAAGUUACUUAACGUCUCAAUGCUCUAGGUAGUUCUCUAAAACUAUUAAGUUCCAGAGCCAUUAUUAACCUGUAUUGCCAGAGCAAAUUAGUCACCAGCAGCUCCAGUUCCUUUCCUUAACAUAUUUGAUUCAUCAUAAUAGCUUUGUAGAAAUAUUUUGUUGGAACCUGAUUGUUACCACCAUGAGAGCUAACUCUCAGUUUUGUGGCAUUUAUAAAUUUGACAAAUAUACCACCUUUACUCUUUAUUCAGGUCACUGAAAAUAAAAGUAAAAUAACACAAGGCUAAGAAUGGAUCUUUGGGACAUUUCUAGAGAUUUUCUUUCUUGAACAAUGACCAGUUCUUUAGGUCUGGUCAUUCGACCAGUUCUGAAUUCAUCUUACCACCAUUAAUUAUUUUACAACUUUACAUCUUCACAAGGUUACCUUGAGAGGAUUUGUCAUAUGUUUUGCUUGUCUAGAUAAACUCUAGUGUUUUAUGCUUGUAACAGUUUAGUAUGUUUCUUAAAACAAGUAAGCAAAACCACCUUAAUAAUAGUAUGUUUGGUAUGACCUAUUCUUGGUGGAGUCAUGGCUACUUUGUGAUCAUUACCUCUUUUUUAGAUUAUAUGAUAGAAUUUUGCCAGGAAUAGGUUAGUUCACCAACCUAUAUUUUUCAGAUUUCCUUCCCUCUCCUCUUUUUCUUUCCUUCCAGAAAAUAUGAGUAAAUCUGCUUUUUGUGUUCUUUUAGAAAUAACUAAAAAUGGCCCAGCUCUAGCUCUUUUAAUAUCUCAGGUUGUAGGUUAUCUAGAUCUAGUGACAUAAAUUCAACAAGAGUACCUAGGUGUUUUCACUGUCUCAUUUUGGUUUUUAACUUUCUAUUAACAAUGUUUUGAGAUAUUAUUUCUGGUACAAAGAUUGUUCUUAGGCAAGAAGACAGAAACAAUAUCAAUUAAAUCUGCCUUCUCUUUAUCAUCUCUGUAGUUGCCUUAUCAUGGUCCCCAUUAUGGUCCCUCUUCUCAUUCUACUAAACCAAAAACCCAAAACUUUUUUUUUUUUUGGUCUUUAGCAUUCAUCAAUUUCAGCUCAUUCUAAACUUUAGGAUUCUUAAUACUGUUCUUAUAAGAAUGUUAAUAUCUUGCAUCUCCUUUUGGUUCUAUCUUCUAUACAUGUCCUUUCGAAAAAUUAAUUUGUUGCUUUGCAUCCACAUCAUUCUCUUUAAAUCACUCCUUCUUCUUUUCCUCACUGGAAUUGUUUAUGUAUUUAGGAUUUGUUACAAAUUCUAAAAUAGAAUAGUCAUUUCCUUAUAAAGAUCCUACUUCUGCUUCAGCAACCUUCAACUUACUUUAUUGCCAGAUUUCUUUUAAGAGUUCUUUAACUGUUCUUCCAUCUUUUAGAAGAAUGAAGUUAUUAAGCUCAUUGUUAGUUCAGAAUACAAAUAUGGAAUACAACACUAGCAGAUAUUUCCAUAUCAAUAAAUCAAGACUUUCAUCAUAAGUUAUAGAAAAAGUCAUCAGGAAAAUGUAGAGCUAUUUAUUAAUGUGAUCCUUUAAUUUGACAUGGAAAACAACAUGUAAACGGACUGCUUCACAUAAUCUGCAUAACACUUGUCAAGAUGUACAAGUCUAUAGCAUGGAAACCUUACACAUGAUGUUCAAUGAUAAUAUUAGUUCAAGAAACUAAAGAAAACUAAUCCUGAAUUCUACAAGACUACGUUGUCAAGAAUUCAUUGAAUGCAACCAAGAAGUUGGAAACUAAAUUGAAAAAGACAGCAAGUAUUUAUGAGAGGCUGAAGAUCAGGCACUAAUAUAGUACCAAAUUCCACAUCAAAUAAAUUGAAUUAAUGUAGAGCUUUUCUAACACCUGUUGUGCUAGAAUUUCUUGAGCCCAAGUUAUUAAUGACAUCUGUGAGCAAUCUUGUCCCAAGCUAAAUUUAGCAAGCUCAGAUUAUCAUUAAUCAAGUCCAUGAAUAUCUCCAAUUGUAAUAGUACAAAAGUAAUGCUUAAACACAGCUGAGUUGGACACCUAAGAACAGAAUACAUAGGUGAUGAUUUUAUAGAAUAACUGAAGUCAAGGACUCAACAAAAGGGGAGAAGAGAUACUUUGAGAAUCUAUUGAAGCAGAACUCCUAAGUACAAUGUAACUAUGAAGAUAGGCAACUAGAGUUAACAGACCAAACUGAUAAUUCAGAAAGUUUGACAUUGCUUCUUUUGAGCAAAGACUGCAUCAUCCUGUAUUCUAAGGGCUAUACAAGAACAGUAACAAAUUAAUCAGAAAUUUCAGCUGGAUACUAAUCAGAACAGAUUUCCAGCAUGGACAGUAUAGAAAGGACUUUUAAAAUUCUCAACGCUGUUUGGUUUUUUUUUUUUUUUGGCUCAUAGCCAUAUCCUCGUCUUUAAAAAUAAGUACUAUUAUAAUUGAGACCAGUUGAUUCCCAUUUUGUUGAGACUUCUCACUAAAUUGGGUUUGUCCUACUGGCUUAGCAGUUGCCCCAGAUAGAACAAAACUCAUUAAAUGGGAGAAGAGCCACGGGGAGAGAUACUUUUUCUAAAGGUAUUGCUGACCUUAGCCACUGUCUGAAGCAGUGUCUUAGGACAUUUGUUCAUCAGAUAUCAUAUAUGUAAUGGUGUUGUUAAAAGACUGGAGGACUCUUCUUCAGCACCAAAGUGUUAAUUUGGUUUUGGGUUUUUUGGUUUUGGUUUGUUUUUUUAAGUACUUUUUCCUUCUUAUUGUUAGGAUCUGGAUUAGUUGAGAAGGAUGAAAUUGAUUGAGUAAGUGGCUCCAGUACCCAGCUGGCUACAAGCUUGUAGGUGUUAGAAAAUUCUCCCAAAUAGUAUCUGAUCAUCUCGGGCCUGACUGAAAGACUUGCCAUGUUAGACAUCCACCAUACUUCCCACCAUCUUGGGCAGGAUAAUCAUAUGUCAAAGGUGUACCUUCAUUAUCUUGGGCUUUCCAUGGAAAGUGUCUCUUUGUCGGCCUUCCUCAGGUAUUUCAGGAUGGAAUGCUGUUUGUGCCACAGACCCUAGUUGAAUCACUGGUGCUAUCAAGAGCUAUACAACUGUAUGAGUUGUUCAUAAAAUAUGUCCAGCAACUUAUCCAGGUCUAUACUGUGGUAGGUGAACUUUGAAAAGGUUUCCUUCUUUUGCUCCACUUUUGUCAUCUUGUCUACUGUCAGGAAAAAAUUGCUUUCCCCAAAUGUUAUUUUGGAGUAACUGUCUAAACAGUCAAUUAUCACAUUACAGCACUAUAUAAUUAAGGUCCUGUUUAUAGUUGACCCCAUGAAAUUCUUCAAAAGAUUUUAUUUUAUGUUUUGCACCAGUUCUGCUAGGAAGAAGGAAAAGAAAAUAUUCAAUUUGCUAGUAUUCUGAAAUUGUGAUUUGUCUCCAGUCUGGCAGAAAGCUAGAAUCCAGGAAAAACAUUUAGAUAUUUAGUGAACUUAAAUAUUUUGAUAAAGGAACAUGUUAUAUUAAUAUAUUCUGACAUAGAGGAAUUUGAGAUGGGUCUUGGAUAAUUGAUGCCUUAUCUUACAUAAGAUAAUUUCUUCUGGAGAGAGAAACCAUAUAAUUGUGAAAAAUGUGGCAGGCAUCUGAGCCCUGAUACUAAUGCUAAACCUAAACAGUCUUAUUAGUCUUUUAAGUUUGUAUCUUUCUUUAAUAGAAAACAAUUUCAUCCAAAGAUAAUAGCAGUCAACAGUAAGCCACCUUUAGAAAACUUAAAAUAGAUGCUUGAAAGAAAGUUGCUUCUGGACCCUACAUAUAUUUUCUUAAUGCAGUCUUUUUUUUCCUUUGGAAUGAUAGAUUUAAUUGGAUUAAAUAAGGCUUUGGAGCAAAAGAUCUACUGGUAGUAGCAAACAAUACUACAAAGGUGAAACAAACACAUAGCUGAAAUUUGAGAUAACUGAUCUGAAGCAUUUACUUUCCAAAAGCGUCUUAGUGAUUUUAGAAACUUCAAACUUUAAACAAUCACUAAGAGAAAGAAUGAGACCAUGAGGAUAUAACAAUGUAGAACUUUUAAAAGUUACAAAUGUUGAGUGUUUUCUGUAUAUUACUUGUAACCAUAAUGUUAGGAUCUGUUUUGUAUCAUUCUUCUGUUAGCCCCAUGGGGUCAAGAUCUGUAUAGUUUUUGGGGUUUUUUUGUUUUGUUUAAUUCUUGUUCCCCAAAAUUUUAACAGCAGAGGUUUGGAGCAGUGAAGAAAAAAUUGAUGUGAUUGUAGACAAUAAGACAUGACACUCAGUGGGAGCAGUUUUUGUUGAGUUAUUUUUCGAUUCUUUUAUGAUCCCAUGUGGAGUUUUCUUGAAUACUAAAGUGGUUUGCCAUUUCCUUCUUCAACUUAUUUUACAGAUGAGGAACUGAGGCAAACAGAGUUUGCCCAGGGUCACACAGCUAGUAAAUGUCCAAGACCAGAUUUGAACUCUUACAUGAGUGUUCCUGAGUUCAGGCCUGGCACUUUAUCGACUAUGCCAUCUAGCUGCCCCUCCAUGGAAGUAAAGAAGCUAAAAUAAGCAAGAGCUUAAUAGUAUUUGUUGUCAGUCAAGUUAGGGAGACUGAUAAAGGUCUAUUAAAUAGCCAGAUAUGACUGGUAAUUAAAUAGGCGGAAUUUCUCUAUGUCUCAGCAGAGGUCAGAUUUUUAACUACCAGUGGAUGAAGUGUGUCUUUUGAUGACUUGCUGGGGAAAGGUGAGAAAUAUCAGGAAGUAUUAGAGAAAUUAUAAAAGUCCAACAAUUUCAUAUUUCUGCUUAAAGAAUCUUAGAUUAAAACAUAAUCCUCAUGCAGCUGCCAUCAGACUUUUAGAGAAGGCUUCAAAAGUCAUUUUGCAAGGUUUCUUUAUGGACAUACUGAGAAUAUUGCAUAUUGGAAAUAAAGAGGAAAAGAAUAUGGGGGAAGGGUUAGGUGUGUAAGUUUUAUUUUCAUUUUUGCUGGUUGUUUACUUAAUAAAUUUGGGAUUAAUCAUCUUUUUACAGCAGUCAGUCUCAAAUAAGCUCUUUGUCCCUAGGCAAACUUAAAAGAGAAUCGGUUUAUAAAACAAAGUACAAAUUUAAAUUUUUCAUCAUUCUUUGCCUUUGCUGGGAGCAACCAUAUUUUGAUGUGUACCAGUUUUUGUUUUAAGCAGAAUAGGUUGUGUAAAGGAUCUUUAUAUCCAAGAUCUCUGGGUGGCUUCUGAUUUAUAACUCAGCUUAGUUAUUAUGUGUUUUAAUCUGACAAAUUUUUUCCAAGAAAUAACUAUAGAAAAUAUGUCAACUAAAUAUUUCAAAGCAAUUAUUUGAUAAUUUCCUGCAAUGUCUGAAAACAAUUUAUCAAAUUAUUUAUACGAUAAAUUUAUCAAAGUACAUUUUUUCAAUUAAAUUUACAAAUUUUUCAGCUCACAGCAAGUUUUAAAAUUAUUUAAAGCAAGUCUGUUUAAUCUAUUUUUUUUCCCUUCAGCAUCAAACAUCCACAUGUUGAGUUCAUUGUAUGACCUUGGGCAAAUUGCUUAAUUUGGGUUUCUUCUGUAAAAUGAAGGUAUUAGAAUAGAUGAACUUAAGCUUUUCCAUUUGUUUUCCAGUAAAGAAUGAAAUUGUAGAUUAUCUGUUGCAACUCCACAAAAUCUUCAUGAUUUUUUGAGAAAUUUGCCCCUAUAUUGGUUAUUAUAUCACUGAUAACAUUCAUUGAUCUCUAGAUAGAACUUUUUUUUUCUUUCUAUAAUUACUUAACUGCGUAUAAUUCUUUAGAGGAAUAAAACUGAAGACACAUUCAGAGGGAAAGGAUUUUAUGAAUGAUUGAAAACAUGUAUUUUUACCCUUGUGUGGAUUCUCUAUUCUGAGCUUCAAUCACCAUUAAAUCGAGAAGAAUACAGCUAGGCAGCUGGUACAGCUCCAGUUUACCAUCUUUCACAAGGAUGGAAAUCUACCUGAGAACCAACAGCCCUGCAUGCUGAUUUUACUUGGGGUGGGGAAGGGGGGAGGGGAGGGUAUUAAGGAGAGAACUGAAAUAAAAUUCAAUGGCAUUUGGGAGCAGAUGAAAGAAUAUAUGUAAGCAUUUUUAAAUUUAAACAUUUAAUUUGCCUUCUGCCCUAGUUAGUUACAGGCAGCCAGAUGUUUUUAAUAUGUUGAUCUUUAUACUGGCAAAAGCUAAAAUGUUUGGUAUAAUCUUUUGCAGUUAGUAGUGUUUGCAAAACAAAAAGUAGGGUGAGGGAGAGGGAAAAGAGGAUGGGUGAGUUAAAAUUUUUGGUUUUCAUAUGUGUGUGAUGAUUGGGGUGGGAAGGUAAGAUUCAGUAAUUAUUUUAAAAAUAAGUUUAUUUUUUAAUUUUAGACAUAUACACACUUUUAGCUUAGUCAAUAAUGGGAAGUCUAAUAUAUUGAUUUAUGUGGUUAUUUGAAGAUUUGUCUUAGUUUUUACUCUUAGAUAAAAUUUUUUCUGCUUUUUCAAUCCCCAGUUUUGCAAUUUAGACUAAAUCCAAAGUAAGAAAGACAUUAAUUUACAGAAGAAGCUGCAGUAGGAUCUAAAGAAUACAGGUGCUUGAUAUGUACUUUCUACAUAUUUAAUUCACCAAUGUUGAGUUUCUUUAAAUCUGCAUGAUUGAGUACUAAUAAUUACUUCUCCAUGGAGUAACUCUGAUAAGAUUAUGAUUUGUAACUAAUCUGUGUUGGGAAGGAAAGAUUCUUCUUAUUUUUAAAAAUUAAAUAUGAUGGUAAGAUUGUGGAUGAAGAUUAUAAGGAUUGUAUCUCUCCUUUUUAUGUUACUUGGGUACUAGUCAGUCAAAUGUAAUAAAUAUUCGACCUCUAGAUAACA